AUGAAUCUAUCUAUCUAUCUAUCUAUCUAUCUAUCUAUUCUAUCUAGAGACGGUCUGGUCAUAUCACAGACGGACUAUCUAUCUUCAUCUAUCUGUCUCAUUCGGAUGUCUUUUAAAUGUUUGCUUAAGUCAAUUAUCUCUUCAGAUACUGUUUUUCCUGAAGCAGUCGACCUGAGGCAAGUUGAAUCUUUCUUUGCUUUCUUUCUCUUAAUUGGUUCAUAUGACCUGCUCCUUGAAGAUUACGAACCACUGUCUCACGAAAGAUGGUGUAAAUUUUCAUAUCCCCUUGAUCUAACAGUGCACUCUGCCUUCUUGACUCAUUCGGCAGAAAUUUUUAUUUACUACCUGGGUGUCAUCAUUUGUUAUGCAUACGAGAUGCAUCUGAAAAUCCUUAUGAUACUGUCUUUCUCUUGGUCACGGAAGACACAUCCCGUCAAAUGCUACUUUCUCACACCUCACUUUCAAGAAAAAAGACCUAGACCCAUUCAAGUACUUUGCUAUAUCUGUGACGCUGGUGUUUAG